AACUAGAACUUUGUUUCAUUUGUCACCAUGCCAGUUGCUGCUCUUGCAGUCUACAAUUUACUGCCAACAAACAUGCCCUUUGUAUUUCAAUUUCUGUGUGCUCAGAGUGACUAAGGUCAAUUUUAUUCUGUGUAAAAAGGUAGUGUCAUAAGAAUCAUAUUAUCUAUUCAGUUUCUGAUUUUUAUUUUCCUUAUUUCUUCAAGAUUUGAUUACCAUUAAGUAUUUGUACAGUCUAGUACAAAUAUGACUUCCCCAAAAGAAUUCCUACGAAAGAAUCUGACAAUGGUCCAUGGCUAUCCUAUGAUUUCUGCUUUUGUGGACAACUGGGAAAAGGUUGAGCAGUUUCAUAGUAGGCCAGAUGAUAUCAUUAUAGUCACUUAUCCCAAGUCAGGUACUACUUGGAUCAGUGAAAUUGUGGAUAUGGUUCUACAUGAUGGAGACAUUGAAAAAUGUAAGCGAGAUGUUAUUACUGUUAAAGUUCCAAUGCUUGAAAUGUCUCUCCCUGGACUAAGAACUUCAGGUGUAGAACAAUUAGAGAAGAAUCCAUCACCUAGGGUUGUGAAGACACAUCUGCCAACUGAUCUUCUACCUACAUCUUUCUGGGAGAACAACUGCAAGAUGAUUUAUCUGGCUCGAAAUGCCAAGGAUGUUGCAGUCUCAUUUUACCAUUUUGACUUAAUGAAUAAUUUAGAACCUUUCCCUGGUACCUGGGGACAAUAUCUGGAGAGAUUUAUAACUGGAAAUGUGGCCUAUGGUUCCUGGUUUAAUCAUGUUAAGAGCUGGUGGAAGAAAAAGCAAGAACAUCCAAUACUUUUCUUAUACUAUGAAGAUCUGAAAGAGAAUCCAAAGCAGGAAAUCAAAAAGAUUGUUAAAUUCCUAGAGAAGAACCUGAAUGAAGAAGCUAUCGAUAAGAUUGUCCUUCAUACUUCCUUUGAAAUGAUGAAGGAUAACCCUUUGGUGAAUUACACACAUAUACCAAACGCAGUUAUGGAUCACAGCAAAUCCCCCUUUAUGCGUAAAGGGAUUACAGGUGAUUGGAAGAAUUACUUCACAGUGACUCAAAAUGAGAAAUUUGAUGACAUUUACAAGACAGAAAUGUCUGGAAUUGCCCUUCAGUUUAGAACAGAGAUUUAAAGAGGUUUAGUCAUUUUAUUGUUGAGUUUUGUGUGGUUUUUUUAUUUUACCAUUUUUUUAAAUUUUUUUAUUUUUUCCCUUUUGUUGCCCUUUUGUUUACCGUUGUUGUUAUUGCUUUUGUUGCUGUUGGAUAGGACAGAAAGAAAUGGAGAGAGGAGGGGAGCGAAGGAGGGGGAGAGAAAGACAGACACCUGCAGACCUGCUUUACUAUCUGUGAAGCGAACCCCCUGCACGUGGGGAGCCGGUAGCUCGAACUCGAAUCCUUAGCUGGUCCUUGUGCUUCGCACUAUGUGCGCUUAACCUGUUGUGUCACCGCCCGACCCAUUUUAUUUCAUUUUAUUAAGAGGAUAACUGAACAGACAAUCCACCUCUGAGGAGAUACACAUAGCCAACAGUAACACAAAAAAUGCUCAUUAUCACACACAAAAAAAUGCUCAUUAUCAUAGAAUUGCAAAUCGAAACCACCACGAGAUACUUCACAUCACUAAGAAAGACCUACAUCAAAAAGGUCAGAAACACAGCAACCCAGAAGAUGGAGCAAUCAGAACGGAUGUUGGAAUUUUAAAAAUGAGGUAACAGAUUGAUCUCAGCAUCACAUGUGCCAGAGUGAUCCUCUGCUUUUGUCCACCUUUGUCCCUUCUAAAAAUAAAUAAAUAAAUAAAUAAAUAAUUGAACUAGAAACAAGUGCUGGUGAAUGUAUGGGGAAAAAGCAACACUUUUAAAUUAUUUGUGGGAAUGAAGCUCUACGUUGUAUUAUACCUCCUCUCUCUAUCUGAAAAAGUCAGCCUGGAGCAGCAGAGCUUCUAGUAUUGACAAUGAAAAGCAAGCAAAAUAGAUGGUUUAGUGUGUCACUCAUCAGGUUCCAGUUUUGAAGAUUUGUCAGAUUACUAAAAAGUAUAGCUACUAUGUGAUCCAAAAGUUCCACUCCUAUAUAUCUACACUAAAAACGCAAAAUCAUCACCACUUUGAAAAUACAUCUGCACACCCAUGUUCAGUGUAGAACAAUUUACAGUAGCCAAAAUUUGUAAACAACCCCAAUACCUAAUAGAUGCUUGGAUGAAGAAUGUGUGGUGUCUCUUCUCAGUAGGAUACUACUCAAGCAUAAAAAAGGAUGGAAUCUUUCCUUUUGCUGCAACG